AGACAAUCCGUGGGUAUCAAAUGGCAACACUCGCCGAUUAUUCGGUUAAAGAGCACGUCGCUAACGCGCGAUAUAGGCGCCGCCAGCACCAGUUGAGUCCGCAGCACAGCAUGGCUACGAGCGUCUCCUCCUCCGCGGCUCGCAUCGCCGACCGUAUGCGCAGUUUUAAGAAAGGAAUUGACGCGGAUGAGACCCGACGGAGACGUGAGGACACCACCAUUCAGAUCCGCAAGAACCGGCGCGAAGAGCGUCUCAACCAACGAAGACGCAUGAUCUCCAUGGUACAAACAUAUAGAGACACUGUUAACAACUCACAGAUAUAAUUGCUCUACGUACUAACCAGGAAUGCCACUAGGAACACAACAAUAUAAUGGAGACGCCGAUGCAGACGACAAGUACCAGCCUCGACGAGCCCAUGCGCUCCCUUAACGGCGUCAGUGUGUCGGAUUUGCCAAAGAUUGCGGCAAUGAUCCAGUCCCUGGACCCGAUGGAGCAGUCAAACGCAGUAUCAAAGUUGAGGAGACUGUUGUCGCUUGAGACCAACCCGCCAAUUCAGGAGGUUAUCAACCUAGGUGUCGUCCCGCUACUUGUGGAAUUUCUGAAGCAGCACGAUCGACCAGAGAUGCAAUUUGAGGCGGCAUGGGCACUAACGAAUAUCGCGUCGGGUACCACCGAACACACUGAGGAAGUGAUCCGAUGUGGCGCCGUGGAGCUGCUGUGUACACUGCUACUUUCUACGAAUGAAGACGUCUGCGAGCAAGCGGUGUGGGCGCUGGGAAAUAUUUCUGGUGAUUCGCCGCAAUGCCGUGACUUGGUGCUGAAUGCAGGCGCGAUGAUGCCGUUACUGGCAGUACUGCGCAGGAAUUCAGGAAAGCUCACGAUUCUUCGGAACGCAACGUGGACGCUGUCGAAUUUGUGCCGAGGCAAACCCAGACCAGAUUUUGAUCUUGUUAGACCCGCACUGGAUCUGCUUCCGCAUUUGAUUCAUUCGCGGGAUGAGGAAGUUGUUACGGAUGCAUGUUGGACGCUUUCGUAUCUCUCGGACGGCACAACGUCGAAUAUUCAGGCCGUUAUUGAUGCUGGAGUAUGCAGUCGGAUAGUGGACCUAGUGGGCCAUACAGUGCCUUCCAUCCAGACGCCAACGCUGCGUACAAUCGGCAAUAUUUUGACUGGAACUGAUCAACAGACGCAGUUGAUGCUGGAUCUGGUGGUGCUGCCGAGGCUUGUACCGCUGCUCAAGCAUGAUAAGAAGAUUAUCCGCAAGGAAGCUUGCUGGGCGAUUUCUAAUAUCACGGCAGGUAGUCAGAGUCAGAUUCAGGAAGUGAUUGACGCCAAUGUGAUCCCGCCGCUGUUAUUUCAGCUCAUGUCAGCCGAGUUCGACGUCCAGAAAGAAGCAGCUUGGGCGAUAACGAAUGCUACGAGCGGAGGUUCCACUGAGCAGAUCAAAUAUUUAGUACAGCAAGGAUGCAUCCCUCCGUUAGUUAAGCUACUGGACGUUCAAGACCCGCGUGUGAUUAACGUAGCACUAGACGCUCUGGAGAACAUUCUUCUGGCUGGAGAGGCAGAUACGUCGUUGACGGAUACGGAGAAUCGCAUGGCGCGAUACAUUGAAGAAGCUGACGGCAUCGAGCUGAUCCAGAACCUGCAGUAUCAUCAACAAGAAGAUAUAUAUGAGAAGUCUGUGCGUAUUAUCCGCGACUACUUCGACGGAGAAGACGAGGACGACUUUGACAUCGCACCGGAUAUGGACUAUGGUGCGCACCAAUUUUCAUUUGGAGUUGGUGAAGCCGCAAGUGCAGGCGGUGGUAAUAUCCGAUUUAACUUUUAGGCCGUAGUGUUAGUUGGAGAGUGUACUUGACGUGCAGUAUAAAAAAAUAAAAAAAGCAAUUGACUCCUGCUCUGGGGUUGCAAAAAAAAAAA